AUGCGGAGUUCGGUUUUUAGGGCCGAUGUCCGCGCCAGACACCACCGGUUCUGCCAAGGAGACAGCGUGGCCGUGGUGAUGGCAGAGGCCGAUGCGCUGGAGGUGCACGCCAGUGACGACGACAUGGGACAGGCCCCGUCCCCGCCUCAUCUCUCCCGGCAGGGGACCCCAUACCCACCUCCAUUCGUACGGUGUGGUCCGGCAGGACGGUCUCCGUCGCCGCCGCCACUAAGAAGACGGGUAAGUCCAGAGUCGUCAGGGGGGCCGGGGGGCCACGACCACCCGGAGCGGUCCUCCCGGCCUUCCCGCCCUGAACAGAGCAGGUCGCCUGGUCGGCGGAGUCGGGACCGGGCUGAGCGACCCUGCCAGCCACCACCCUGGCGGAGUCCCGACCGGCGGAUUCCCUGGAGCCGUGCCCAGGGCAGGCGUCCUCGCUUCAGCAGGGCAGCGGAAGCAAGCCCUAGUCGCCCCCAGCCGACACAGGCGGAGGGCGGAAUGCAGACGGAACCCCCGAUGUCCCCUGAGGUUCCGGUCCAACCGUGGAAUGGCCAGCGGAGGGUUCUGCCGGCCGGGUCUCGGGUGAGCCUUCCGGACGGGACCUCGCUGCGACUGGAGACGGCCGGCGCCCUCCACCCGGACGACACCACCAGGGAGGCCGCCACGCACAUGCUGGAACCCCUGUGCGAGCAUGCGCGGGACGAAUGGCGGCUCGAAAGGACAGUCCAUGGAGCAAAUGAGGUCGGCCACUGGCUGAUGCGGACACGGGUGGUCCACACCUAUGAAGUGCCUGAGCGUCUCCUGCAGACGUACCAGGGACAGCAGUACGGCAAGCACUUCGUAGAUCCCUCCGCGUCCGCUCAACCUUCUCUGGGAGGAAUGCUGCCCCCUGGAACGCCUCCGCCCCCGCGCUACCCCGAUGGCGUCCCCCGAGAGUUCUGGGAGCAGCUGUUCCGGCAAACGGAGUUCCAGCGCCGGCCGCCACCCACCAACUAA